GCUUGCGGAUUUGAAUAAUGAACAGUUUGUGCAUGGCAGCACGAAUCAACGAAAAAAGUCAAAAUCAUUAAACAUGCAUUUCAAAGAUGAUUAAUUUUCCAAUAAAUCUUAUGUAUUAACUUUUCAGCCCGUGGAUUUAUAAACAUAUGUUACCAUAAAGAUUUUACUUAGUAUACCAGCCCUGGAUUAACCAUAAAGCGAAAUAAAUCAAGCACCACAGAUUAGUUAUUCCAGUGCCAUUAAUCUAGGUUGACUGAAAUUAUCCAGGAAUUUGGAAGCAGAAAAAGAGCUAUUUUAAUUUCAACAAACACAAACGCCGCACAUUGGAAGCUUUUAUUUUGAAACAACACUAUUGAACGUUACAAUGUCCAUCCAUGUUAGGAACUACAAUAUCUAAUGUAUUUAACUGCAUUUGAAAAAAGAAAGAAUUAUCUCGCAGCGACGAAGUACAAGAAAUGGAUGUUAUUAAUCUGAAGGUACACGGAUUCUAGGAAUAUUAAGCAACACAUGGAUUUUAACUGAGCUUAAAAAUAGAAAGUUAUAAAUAUGAAGCUCCGGGAAAUCUUAUGCAAGUUGAUUAUGAGUGGUAUUGUGAUAAUAUAUAAAUUAGCCUGAAUAUAUCUAUAUAUGUGUAUAAACGUAUUUACCCGGUAUCUGAUAGUAUUCAAUUUCAUUAAUUUGCCAUCGGAUUUUAUUUAAUUUGUUACGUAGGAUUUUAUGGAGAACCUUAUUAACUGGUGUUUACUAAAAUUUAACUUUUAACGUCGGAUUUUAUGGAACACCUCAUUAACUGUUGUUUACUAAUAUUUAACUUUAAACGUCGGAUUUUAUGGAGAACCUUAUUAACGUCUGAUUCUUGGAAAACCUUAUUAACUGGUGUUUACUAAUAUUUAACUUUAAACGUCGGAUUUUAUGGAUAACCUUAUUAACUGGUGUUUACUAAUAUUUAACUUUAAACGUCGGAUUUUAUGGAGAACCUUAUUCGAUGAUGUUUAUAGAUAUACAAUUUGAAACGCUGGAUAUUAUGGAGAAUCUUAGCUGGUGUUUAUAGAUAUUUAUAGAUUGUCUUUGAUAAUUAGCCGCAACAAACAACGGUUGAAUUAGUAUUGUCACCAUUUAUAGCUUUAAACAGGGAAUUUGUGUAGUGUAUUGAUGAUGAAUCUUAACAGAGGAUAUUAGUUAUCUAAGUGGGUAUACUUCAUUUCACAUCCUUCCGAUCUUUAUAAUUAGAAUCUUAAAGGUCGAUAGUCAAUAUAAUAUAUCAUUUCGAGGAUAUUCGCAGUAAUACAGAACGUCAUUUGGAGACCACAGAAAUUCUUAUGACAUUUUAAUGUAACCUGGAAAUUGCUUGAAGUUUGGGACCGAUGUUUAAAUUGUAUUCAAGAGUUUUGUUGUUUAAAAAAACAAGUUGAAUCAGAGAGAAUAGGGAAGUAACAGAGCCAUGUAUUGCAAUUACAACUGCUCACAUGGAAAUACCACAGAACCAAUGAUGUGGCAAAAUUAUGUUUUCAUCACAAUUAACGUUGUGCUGAUUAUUUUUAUCUGUUCAGGAAAUGUCCUUACCAUCAUUGCUGUGUUGAGAACUCCUGUGUUACAAACUGUACCAAAUAUGUACGUAACGUCUUUGGCUGUGGCUGAUUUACUUGCUGGAGCUGUGCUACCGUUACAAAUCCUGAUCUUUAUACCAUCGGCAAAACAUAUCGUCAAUGAUAUUAAGUAUUUGUGUUUAUUUCGUCACGUGACAUUUUUUGUUUCUGUAUCUAUGUCAGUGGCCAGUAUGAUGGCAAUAGCAGUUGACCGUGCCCUUUAUAUAUCUUACCCAUUGCGUUACGAGCAAUUACCAACGACACAAAGAACGUGGAUGGUUAUUGUAUGCAUGUGGAUAUUUUCUUUGUUAAUUGGCACUAUGCCUUUAUAUUAUAAUAACUGGGAACCAUGUAUUGAAUGUUCGAUAUUUCGAGUGUUGAAAAUGGAAUAUCAAGUAUACAUACAAACUUCAUUAUUUGUAGGUUCGUGUAUUUUAACAGCCUGUUGUUAUGGAAGCAUUCUAAGAAUUGCUCGGCGACAACAGCGACACAUUUUAAAGCAAACUGCGUCACAAUCUAGUAAACCACAAUUGGCAAAGGAUCUCAAGCUUGUUAAGCUAUUUGUUUUAGUAUUUGGAGUUUUUUUUAUUUGUUAUCUUCCAGCAGUUAUUUCCGUAGCAGCCGGCCAUCUUGGAGUUUACGUUCCGCAGAUGGUCACUAAUAUUACUGUGCCUAUUUUAGUGCUUAAUUCAGGAAUGAAUUUUGUAGUUUACGCCGUCAAAAAUAAAGACUUUAGACGAGCGUUUGUUAAGAUGAUUUGUACCAAGAGAGCUAAACGUAACUUAGUGGGCCCAACUGUGGUAGCGACUGUUUUAAAUCGAUCAGACUAUAAUAACAGAUAACUUGUAUUGUGGUGUGCUACAUAAAAUGAACUAAGAGAAAAUUGUGAAGUCACUGAUGGUCAGUUGAAUCUCUAAAAGGAAUAUCCCCAGACCUAAAUGGUUGAAUUCCGUUCACUAUUUAUCGUCUGUUACAGACGAUACAAACAAACCAGCACCACAUAUAAGGGCUGUGUAAACUGAAUCCAAGACCUAAGAUCUUCCAUUGUUAAUAUUUUGUGUUCUUUUUUUUAAUUAAAUAGAUUUAUCCGUGAAAAGUUAUAUAUUGUACAAAAAUGCAAAUGACGUUCAGUGG